AGUGCGCGCGCGAGCUGGGACAGUCAAAUCGUCCGCAGAUCUCAGAUCAUUGUUUUUGCUUCUCAUGGCAGAUCCCGAGGAUUAACAAAACUACCACAGGGGGGAAACGGAUCUCCUGUAUCUCCUCGAUUCAAAAGUGUACGAGAUUUUAUGGAACAUGGCGGAGUCCGAAUUUUACAUGCAGUGUGAGGAGGAGGAAUUGGCACCAUGUCAAAAUAACACAGGAGAAACAAAUCCAACAGGGAACACAGAUCACGUGCAUAAUGGCCAUGCAGCAAUUUCACCAGAACCCUCGGCGUCACCUGCCCCCGCUGUCCUGCCUCCUGCCAUCAAGACAGCAUUUGUACCAAUUGCACCCGGUACAUUUCCCGGUCCUGUUGUACCUCAACCAAUAUUGGCUGGGGUUCUUCAGAUUGCUGGAGCCCAGGGCCAACCUAUCUACCUAGCUCCAAAGCUUGCAGGCUCCCAGCAGAACACCACAACCGCAGUUGGUCUCAUCCUUCCUACAGGCCAAACUGUAACUUUCCUGACUCCUACUCAGGCAGGCCCAUUGAUCAGCCCUAAGAUUGUGUCUACAUCAAGCUUGUCACAACCAACAAUUAAGUUCCCACUCCCUAUCAUUCACAACCCAUCUGCAGUACAAACCAUCAGCACAGUGACCUCCAGUGAGAUGCCUGCUGUGGGCCCCUCACCCCCUGCUAGUCUUCCAAACAGCGCUCAAACAGAACUGCCAUCAACAUCAUCUUCACCUCUCAAUCUUCCUGCCUCUGCUCAAACACACAACCUAUCGACUGAGGCUGCAGGCAAUGUUCUGGACGUGGGUCAGUCCAAAACCCCCCCCUCUCAGGUCACCUCCAUAAGGACCCGAGCUCGAACCCGGAAGAAUGCUUUUUCUGCUAUGGUUUCUUCCAGAGUAUUUCAGAAUGUAUUCAAGGCGCCACAGUUCUGCUCUCGUUGUGGUGUGGCCUACAAAGUUGUUCAUGAGCUUCGUGGCUACAUGUGUCACUGUAAUCCAGAGCUCAUCAACAGAGUCCAUGCGUUGGGCGCCAAAACCAAAAAACGGGCCAAACGAGCAAAGCGUACCAGUGACUCAGCGCAAUCUGUACCCUCUACACAUAACCGCACCAAUUCCCCCUUAUCCUCCUCAACAUCCACAAGCAGCAGACAUCCAGCAGCCUCUCCGCCGCCGCCGCCACCUACUCCUCCUCCCUGUCUGAAACACAUCACCACAUCUGAGAUACCGGAGGGAGUGCAGAGCCCUGGCACUGGUGACUAUGACUUACACGGCAAGCUGAUCAUUCUAGUAGAAGACUUCUACUAUGGGAGGGACCCUGGAAAUCCUGUCCUGAUAGAGAAUAACCAGGUGCCCACUACGAUGAAAUGCCAUCUCUGUGACAAGAAGCUGAAGAACAACAUCAAGCUGAUGAACCACAUGAAGCACCAUAUGGAAAUGGAGCUACAGAGGGGUGAUGGGAAAUCCUACACUAUGUGCCAGCACUGCUUCCGCGACUUCAGCACACCGUUCUCCCUCCAGUGCCACCUCGAGACCGUCCACAGCCAAGUAGAGUCUGCAUCUCUCUGCAAGAUCUGUGAAUUGUCGUUCGAGAGCACGCCGCUCUUUUUGCAUCAUAUGAAAAACUUUCACAAGCCUGGUGAAAUGCCCUACAUGUGUCAGGUUUGCAAUUUCCGUUCGUCUUUCUAUAGUGAUGUUAUAAUGCACUUUCGUGAGUUGCACAAGGAUACAGUCAAUCUUCUGUGCCCUUAUUGCCUCAAAGUGUUCAAGUCUUGCAACAGCUACCAGCUCCACUACAGCAAGCACCAGAAAAAAUCUGUGCUGCACUGCUCCAAGUGUCGCCUUCAGUUCCUUUAUGCAAAGAACAAAACAGAGCACAAACUUCUAUUUCACCAGACCCAUCUCAAGCCUGUGCAGCUGCUGGGGCUUAAGCCUGGUACUAGGAUAACCAUCCGGGCAUAUUCAGUGACUAAAGAAAACGAAAUCACUAACUUGAGUAAAGCGGUUACGAACAGUGUUGGUUUUCCCGCAUCGCCUGGUCCCGCCACACAAAGUGGCGUCCAGAGAAUGGCACCGACAAAGAGGAAGCCUGUUGAGAGCAUGUUGGAGAUCAUGACCAAAUUUCAGAGACAGUGCGAGCCAUCAAGAAGUUGGUUCUGUAUAGAGUGUAACUUUGAGAUUCCUGAUUUUUCCACUCACUUCCCUACGUUUGUGCGCUGCUCCUUGUGCCAUUACAGCACCUGCUGCUCCAGAGCGUACGCUAACCACAUGAUCGGUAAUCAUGUACCCCGUAAAACCACCACUAAAUACCUGAACUUGUACAAGCCAUGUCCGAAGUUGGGUCAAUUAAGCUGCAAUACCUGUGGUUAUUUUACUGAGAUUGGAGACAUGAUGGCCACACAUCUGAGUAAGAAUCCAAGCCACAACUUCAGCCAAUGCAAAUUCAAUGAAGGAUUUUCUCGUGGCUAUAAAAGAUUUGUCUUCAUACCGAGCGACCUGAUACGAAAAGCCCAGGGUCUCAACAGCGGGAAUGUCAUACAGAAGCAAGAAAUGCAAGUGGAUCAAAGUUCACCUCCACAAGCCACUAAUCCCGUGUCCCCCUCCAGCCACUGCAUAAACCCCCCCGAAAGCUCUGCACACGUCUCGUCUCUUCCCACUGAAGUCCAGCCUGUAGUUGAAAGCACUGUACCUGAUGAGAAGUGUGGGACACAACCGAAAGAUGUAACACCAGAGAAGAGUCCGUGUUCCAGUGGAGCCAGCGGUCAAGCCGGAGAAUCUCUAUCUGCAGCACAGCUCAAGAUUGUACUCCACGCUCUAUGCUUCGGCCUUGCCCAGGCGGCCAGCCAGUUCGAUAGCGAACCAGAUGAAGUCCAGUCCCUGUUGCUUAAGCGUCAGCUUCAGCUUGGGCCGCCGAAGAGCCGAGACGGGUUGAUUCCUCGAGCGAGUGAUCGGUUAGCCGAGUGGAUGUUGUGCCAGCGUGAGCAGCAGCUUCCUAUCGACGAAGCUAUUCUUUUUUCCAAAGCCGCACAGUUCACAAGCGCCGAUGGCGGCCCGGGCAUCUCUUAUGGCUGGGCCGUGGACUUUCUGAUAACGCACGAUUUAUCUCUGCAGUCGCUGGCCACGUCUCGCCGACUACUGCCCCAUAAAGCUCAGGAACGGCUGCAUAAUUUUACCUCCCUUAUGAAAAAGCAGAUCACCACGUACAACUUGGGCGUGUCGGACAUUGCCGCUAUGGACGAGCUUUCCAUUUUUAUAGACUUGGAGCAGCUUGAUCCGGCCUCAGCUGAUUCUUCUUCCAUGAUGUCUGCCUUUAAGUUGGUUGGCGAAAAGGAUCCGCUUCUAGACGUCGUCCUCGCCUCCCUAGCAGACGGCACCAUCUUACCUACCGUGGUGUUCGUUAGAGGAGAGCCUCUAAGCCCGGACGCACCAGCCUUGCCAGACAUCAUCUUGGAAGCAAAGCCAAACGGCUUUUCAGAUGAAGAAAGACUCAAGCUGUGGUUCGACAAAGUGUGGCGUCGGCAUGUAAAGCCCAACUCCGGAGGCAAAGGGUUGCUGCUUGUGGACCCAUAUCGCGGACACCUAAGCAAGAAGUUCUUAGCAUUGCUCAACAAUACUAACACUUUGCCAGGCAUCAUCCCUCAGGCAUGCUCCUCUCGUCUGCAGCCGCUAGAGGCCUGCGUCGGACUAGUAAUGAGGGAGUUCCUGCAAGCUCGAUGGAGCCAGCACGUGACCGAAGCUCCACAAGACCUGAUCGGCGCCGUUCCUGCCGACCUAGCCCUUUUGCUCUCGGCCUGGCUCCUCGAAAUGCUAGACGUCCUGGCGGAACGGCCAGAAUUUCUACAGCGCUCUUUCGAGCCAGUGUUGAAAUCCAAUACAGAAUUGGCACCAGGAGGAUUUCCCGAGUUGGUACAGAAUCUGACCGAAGCCCUUGUGGUGAGCACACUUCAGGAACAAGAAUCUGAUGAGCAAGAGGCUGAAGACACCAUUUCAUCUGAUGUCUCUCAGAAUUCGUUGCCUUCACCAUCCAACCCCCAAACGCUGAAGAAAAUGUUCGACAAAAACAACGAUCUCGACUCCUUGCAUAGAUUUGAAAAUGCUGAAAUGAUAAAGUUAUGAUUUUUUAUUUAAAAUUUUUUUUCACACAAUUAAAGUCAACAAAACAUUGAUUCUCCGGGUUCAUCUUUAUGCUGAGCUUUUUGAAUGCACUGAGAUGGACCAUUUGCUCAGUAGCAUAUUGAUCAUGUCGUAAUGUUUUUGACAGUUCUGUUCAUUUUACACCCGCCGUCCUCGCCUUAUUCUGGCAGUCACCAGUGAUUGAAAAAAAUAAGAAAUUGUUUGGUAAGAAGUAUGUAAUCCUUCUAUUUUUUGGAGGUACUUAAGAUUCUUCCAUUAUUUCUGCCAUUCCUUAUACAAUCGCAUCAUUUUUCCUACAUUUGUAUCCGAACCAACAAGGGGUUCUUUUCAAACAUUGUUGCAGAAACACUGGAGCGAGUGCUGCAGUGAUAAAUGUAGGUUAGUGAUACUAACAUUGCUUUGCAAGACUUUGAUUACUUUCAUUCAUGUAUUGUACAAAAGUCUUAAUGCCCCUCUAAAAUGUGUCUCAGAAUUUGUACUGUAGCCAUGUACAGAGGAAUAAAAUCAUGUCUGCUUUGA